AUGGCGGCCAAGAUCGAGGAGCUGGCGCGCCUGCCGCAGACGGGCGUGUCGCUGCAGUACCUGCUCGAGUUCGGCACGGCCAUCUCGCCGCAGAAGCUCAUCCAGUCGGCGCGCUUCCUGCACGGCGAGCUGCCGGUGCGGUACGCGCACCGCAUCAAGAACCUGGAGAACCUGCCGCACGGGCUCAGCGACAUGCCGUCGGUGCAGCAGGUGCGCGCGUGGUACGUGGACUCGGCCAAGGAGCUGCUCAGCUUCCCCAAGGUCGAGAGCUUCCAGGACGAGCUGGCCUUCCGGUCGCUCAUCGAGAGCAUCAAGAUGCGGCACAGCGGCACGCUCUACACCAUGGCCAAGGGCGUGCACGAGCUCAAGAUGGAGCUGUUUAAAACCUUCUCGCAGAAGGACAAGGGCGGCAAGGAGGUGGGGCAGAGAUAUCUCCGCUCGCAGGAGUUCGCCGACCUGUCGGACCUGCAUUCCUUCCUGGACGCGUUCUACAUGUCGCGCAUCGGCAUCCGCAUGCUCAUGAGUCAGCACAUCGCCCUGCACGACGAGGAGGAAGGCUGGGUGGGCUGCAUCUGCGAGAGCACGUCCCCCGCCGAGAUCGCCCUCGCCGCCAUUGAUACAGCCAGACACAUGUGUCUGCGGCAGUACGGAGACGCCCCCGAGGUCGAGCUGCAUGGACACACGGACUUCUCCAUGCCCUUCGUGCCCAGCCACCUGCACCACAUGCUCUUUGAGAUGAUCAAGAACUCGAUGCGCGCGGUGGUGGAGUUCCACGGCGUGGACAACGACAUGCCCCCCAUCAAGAUCGUGAUCGCCGACGGAGAGGACAACGAAGACGUGUCCAUCAAGAUUUCGGAUGAGGGAGGGGGUAUCCCCCGCUCGUCCGUAUCGAGGAUCUGGUCGUAUCUGUACACGACCGCGGACUCGGAAGCGUUCGAAAGGCUGGAGGCGCCCAAUGACUUCGGCGGGGAUUCGCCGUUGGCGGGACUGGGCUAUGGUUUGCCCAUUAGUCGACUGUUUGCGCGCUACUUUGGAGGGGACUUGCAGGUCAUCUCCAUGGAGGGGUACGGGACCGAUGCGUACUUGCACCUCAAGCGUGUGGGUGACGCAUCCGAACCGCUGCCUUGA